ACAAAAUAGUUUAGUAUAUAAUUGUAGUAAUAACAACAUAAAGACAUGACAAAGAGUAAAAAUGAGGGUGGUAAUAUAAAUAUAUAAAUACAUUCUCAUCAGCAAAUAAUGGAAAACUGAAAAAUACUAAGAUAGACAGAUGAAGUAAUACGUGCACUUAAAACUUAAUUCUCAAUAUUUAUGUAAAUGAAAACUAUUUGCUGAAAUGAAAAGGGUAUACAUACUUUUUAUAUAUAUUUUUUCCUUUGGCAGAUAUCAGCAAAUCCCGGGAAGAACCACCUGUGCAGCCAAUGAUGAAUAUAUACCCAAGAACUCUGAUUGGGGACCGGAUGACCGGAUGAGCAAUUUAGGUGUCUAAGUAUUGAGUCAAGGAGGGCAAAGGCCUUCAAUCUAGAUGAAUUUGCUGAUCUUUUUGCAAAAAAAACCCCACAAAAAUCGUAGAAUACAGUUACUGUGACCAAUACUGAAUAUGUAACGCAAAUGUAAAAAAUAAAAUUGAAAUGAAAAUACAUUGUUGAAUGAUUAUAAACAUGGUAUUUUGCCUGUUAAUGUCUGCAAUGCAGUGCAGAAAGUGAUAUGACAACCAUAAGGUCUAAAUGUACAACCCAGUCUCACGGCAGUUCGUGUCACAGGACACGAAAUGUAAUCUAUUCAAAUCGUGUUCGUGGACACGAAUUUGCCCUUUUUUUCGUGUCCCUCAGCACGACUUUCGAUCUAAUGUAUUUCAAUAGGAAGCAUCUUUCGUGUCUGCACCACGUUUUUUUCUGCCACUCGGAAGCAUUGUUUUUGCUCAUUUGUUCAUUCAUUUUAAUUCAUUUUUAAUCUUUAAGCACUACAUUACUCAACAUUUAAGCAGGAGAUUUUUAUCCUUGUUAUUAUUGCUUUGUGCUAUGGUCUACUUUUACUGUGUUGAAGACGUCAGCUAAAACUAGCUGUUGACCCACCGCCGAUUCUCUUUUAAUGACAUCCUCAUCUUUCUUUCAACACAUAAACACGAAAGUGUGCUUGAUAAUGCAACAAUACGAUGUCAUGACCAUCCGUAUUAUUUUAUUUUCCUUCUACUACAACCCAGUCUCACGGCAGUUCGUGGCAUAGUCACGAACUGUAAUCUAUUGAUUCGUGUUCGUGGACACGUAUUUCCCUUCUUUCGAUCUAAUGUCUCACGGCAGUUCGUGUCACAGGACACGAAAUGUAAUCUAUUCAAUUCGUGUUCGUGGACACGAAUUUCCCUUUUUUUUUCGUGUCCCUCAGCACGACUUUCGAUCUAAUGUAUUUCAAUAGGAAACUUUUUUCGUGUCCCUCAGCACGACUUUCGAUCUAAUGUAUUUCAAUAGGAAACUUUUUUCGUGUCCCUCAGCACGACUUUCGAUCUAAUGUAUUUCAAUAGGAAGCAUCUUUCGUGUCUGCACCACGUUUUUUUCCUGCCACUCGGAAGCAUUGUUUUUGACCAUUGGUGACUCAUUUUUAAUUCAUUUUUAAUCUUUAAGCACUACAUUACUCAACAUUUAAGCAGGAGAUUUUUAUCCUUGUUAUUAUUGCUUUGUGCUAUGGUCUACUUUUACUGUGUUGAAGACGUCAGCUAAAACUAGCUGUUGACCCACCGCCGAUUCUCUUUUAAUGACAUCCUCAUCUUUCUUUCAACACAUAAACACGAAAGUGUGCUUGAUAAUGCAACAAUACGAUGUCAUGACCAUCCGUAUUAUUUUAUUUUCCUUCUACUACAACCCAGUCUCACGGCAGUUCGUGGCAUAGUCACGAACUGUAAUCUAUUGAUUCGUGUUCGUGGACACGUAUUUCCCUUCUUUCGAUCUAAUGUCUCACGGCAGUUCGUGUCACAGGACACGAAAUGUAAUCUAUUCAAUUCGUGUUCGUGGACACGAAUUUCCCUUUUUUUUUCGUGUCCCUCAGCACGACUUUCGAUCUAAUGUAUUUCAAUAGGAAACUUUUUUCGUGUCCCUCAGCACGACUUUCGAUCUAAUGUAUUUCAAUAGGAAACUUUUUUCGUGUCCCUCAGCACGACUUUCGAUCUAAUGUAUUUCAAUAGGAAGCAUCUUUUGAGUCCGCUCCACGUUUUUCUUUCUGCCACUCGGAAGCAUUCGGACAGUAAACUAAAUACUACAGUACCCAUGAGCCUUUUCUAUUUUUACUAUGUUGAUGACGUCAGCUAAAACUACCUGUUGACCCACCGCCGAUUCUCUUUUAAUGACAUCCUCAUCUUUCUUUCAACACAUAAACACGAAAGUGUGCUUGAUAAUGCAACAAUACGAUGUCAUGACCAUCCGUGUUAUUUCAUUCUCCUUCUAUUGUGAGAACGGGGGAUUAACUGUGAUUAUUAAGUCAAUUAAAAUAAUAUAAAAAAUAAAUUAAAUUAAUUAGUGGACGCCCGCAUUACCCGUGAGCCUCAGCGGAGACGGCUGCUAUGGAGACGGAGCCAGCCCGCUUUGCGAUUGGUUGAUUUCUGCAGGCCGCGAAUUCUCCUUCAUUGCGCUCAACCCACUUCCCAGAUCCCGUCUAACUUCACCUUCACCCUAUAUAAUCACCUCAUUCCCAAAAACCAAAGGCACUUUUAAGAGCCAAUCUAUCUAUCUAUCUAUCUAUCUAUCUAUCUAUCUAUCUAUCUAUCUAUCUAUCUAUCUAUCUAUCUAUCUAUCUAUCUCUCUCUCUCUCCUAUCCAUCUCUUCAAUAUCUAUCUGUUCUCUAUCUCAAUUUCUCUAUUUCUCAGUCUUUCCUCUCUUUCUGUCUUUUGUCUACUUGUCUGUUAUCUGUCUCUGUCUGUCAGUCUGUCUGUCCAGUUGCUUGCUAUAAUGCCAGGGGGGUCUACAAAAAAGAUUUGUCCAUUUUGUCAGGGCAUUUUAUUUUGUGCACAGAAAAUAUGUUGCCAUUGUCAAAAGGAGCAGCCUCUGAAGCAGCGCCUCAAGAAGAAGCUUCAGAGGUUUGAUGACAAGCGAGAGGAAUGGGUGUUUGGUCGUAAGAAGAACCACACCAGUGGAUCCAUCAAGGAUGAAGCCAUAAUCAUGCUUGAGAAACUCCAUGCCAUUGGAUACAAGCCAGUUCUGCUCCUUGGAAAGGAAAACAAAAAAAAAGAAAAUAAGUGUGAAAUAUUAACUCCUCGCUGCACACUCUCCACCUGUGCCCAGGACUACCUUCAGAGGAUAGGCCCAAUAUAUGAAAAAAUUUGUGAUGGUUGGACCAAGGAUAUCGAUGAUGAUCAGCUGAUUACGCUGCACCUCACACCCUGUGACCCAUUGGAGAACACAAGCAACCGUGAGGUGGUGAGGACCACGCGGGUGGAGCAGACGAGCACUACAGAGGGGGAGAUGGAGCAGACGAGCACUACAGAGGAGAGUAUGGAGCAGACGAGCACUACAGAGGGGGAAAUGGAGCAGAUGAGCACUACAGAGGGGAGGAUGGAGCAGACGAGCACUACAGAGGAGAGUAUGGAGCAGACGAGCACUACAGAGGGGAGGAUGGAGCAGACAAGCACUACAGAGGGGAGGAUGGAGCAGAUGAGCACUACAGAGGGGAGGAUGGAGCAGACAAGCACUACAGAGGGGAGGAUGGAGCAGAUGAGCACUACAGAGGGGAGGAUGGAGCAGACAAGCACUACAGAGGGGAGGAUGGAGCAGAUGAGCACUACAGAGGGGAGGAUGGAGCAGACAAGCACUACAGAGGGGAGGAUGGAGCAGAUGAGCACUACAGAGGGGAGGAUGGAGCAGACAAGCACUACAGAGGGGAAGAUGGAGCAGACGAGCACUUCGGAGGGUCAAGCUGUCUUCACAGGGUCAGCCAGGGGCACAGUCACAAGUCCCAAAAAGAAAAAGUCAGGUGGACUAAGACAUAUGCCAGAGAGGAAAAAGCCACAAAAGAAUUGCUCCUAUCACGCUCGCUUAGAGACUUUCCCCAUCAGGAGUGUUGUAAGAGAAAGAGUGAGAAAGGGCAAAGCAGAAAUGUUGGUUGACUGGGAGCCCUGUCCAGUAUGUGGCAAGGAGUGGGCCCAUUCCUGGCAGCCAAAGGAUUCUCUUCAAAUGAAUAAAAAUAAAUAAAAUGUACAAUUGUAAUCCA